CAUUGAUUGUCUCCAUGUCGCGCGACCUGCCACCGAGCUGCUCAAGUGCCAGUCGCCAACCCAAAAGCCCAUGCAAAAAGACUCUCGACGUUCCCAGGUUAUGCAUUUACGUUCUCUGUCCACAUAACUAGAGUGGACGGCCUCCUCGCCCUGUCCCCGAGACUCUAUGAGCCUUCGCCCCGGACUGGCCUGGCCUGGACUCUCACCACUGGACUCUCACACCCGUCAUCCGCAAUGUCGAGCCCCAAUCCAAAGCCACAGCCGCCUCCAGCAGGGCGGGACGCCGCCAUGGACCCUGCGAGAAGGCAGGCCAAGCUGGGCGUCACCUCGGGAGUUUACAUACCCGUGUGCCUCAACAUCCUGAGCAUUCUCAUGUUCCUGAGGUUCGGUCUCAUUCUGGGCCGCAUUGGGCUGUUGGGAAUGCUCGGACUCCUCGUACUCUCCUACGCCGUUGACCUGUUGACGACGCUGUCUCUGUCAGCCGUCGCGUCCAACGGCGAGGUCAAGGGUGGCGGUGCCUAUUUUCUGAUAUCGCGGUCCCUGGGGCCCGAGUUCGGCGGCUCCAUCGGAAUCCUCUUCUACCUCUCCCAGGUUCUCAACACGGCCCUGAACGUGGUCGGUCUCAUCGACUGCCUGAAGCUCUAUUUCACCACUUCGAUCCCCGAUGGCUACUGGUCGUCGUACCUGCUCGAGACGGGGGCGCUGCUCCUCUGCACCGCAAUGUGCCUCGCCGGCAGCGGCAUAUUUGCAAAGGCCAGCAACGCCCUGCUUGUCAUCCUCACCGUCUCCAUCCUGAGUAUCCCGCUUUCAGCCGUCUUAGUGCGGCCCUUUGUCGACUCUGGCCGCGGUGUCGAGUUCACAGGACCCAGCCUGGCCACGCUGGCCGGCAACUUGUGGCCCGCAGCAACCCGCUCCGGUACUCGCUCGGGUCCUUUCAGCAUGUUCAGAGAACUAUUUGGCAUCCUCUUCCCCGCAACCUCGGGCAUAUUUGCCGGCGCUUCCAUGUCUGGCGACUUGCAAAAUCCCAGCAAAGCCAUCCCGUCUGGCACUUUGUGGGCCAUGCUCACGACGCUUAUCGCAUAUGUCCUGGUCAUGCUCUCCUUGGCCGCGAGCACCACCCAUGCUUCCCUACUGCACGACGCCAACAUCAUACAGGCCACCAAUCUAUGGGCGCCCAUAAUCCUGGCUGGCGAGUGUGCCACCACCUUUUUCUCCGCGCUAAUGGGCCUUAUCGGAUCGGCCAAGCUCAUGCAGGCUCUGGCGAGAGACAAGCUGGUCCCCGGUCUCUCAGUCUUCGGUUUGGGGACUCGGAAGGCCGACGAACCCCUUCUUGCCAUUUUCCUCACCUACGCGCUCGCCCAGCUGUCUCUAUUUGCCAACCUUAACCAGAUCGCUACUUUGAUUGCCAUGGGCUACCAGAUGACGUUCUUUGUCAUGAACCUAGCUUGCUUCCUGCUCAAGAUCGGCUCGGCUCCGAACUUCCGGCCAGCUUUCAAAUUCUUCAGCUGGCACACAGCAUUCGCCGGCAGCAUCAUGUCGGCCGGUGCCAUGUUCUUCAUUGAUGAGACUUACGCGACCUCGGCCGUGUGUCUCCUGGUCUUCCUCUUCCUGCUUAUCCACUACCUGAGCCCUCCCAAGCACUGGGGUGAUGUGUCGCAAAACCUGAUUUACCACCAAGUCCGGAAGUAUCUGCUCCGUCUCAAGCCGGAGCACAUCAAGUUCUGGCGGCCACAGAUAAUCCUUCUUGUUAGCGACCCCCGGCGACAAACCAGGCUCAUCCAAUUCUGCAACUCGUUGAAAAAAGGGUCUCUCUACAUCCUAGGUCACGUCAUCGUCACUGAUGACUUCAAAUCUGGUGUUCAUGAGGUCAAACUUCAGCAGUCGGCCUGGACCCGGUACAUCUCCGAGUACUCCAGGAUCAAGGCCUUUGUGCAGCUCAACAUGUCCCCCAGCAUCACCUGGGGCGUGCGAAAUCUGAUUCUGUCAGCAGGGCUAGGCGGCAUGAGGCCUAACAUCGCCAUUCUCGGUCUCUACAACAUGGAUGAGCUGCGGAGGUCGCGGCCACGAGGCAGCAUUCCCGAGGCGCCGAGGUCCCGCCCAACAUCGAGGACACGGAAGGCCCAGGAUAACGGAAAGAGCAGUUCUGUCCGGCCACAAAGGCGGCGCGGCGACACAACGGCGCGGCUGUUGGAGUCGGAGCUGCCCACGGACGUGAUCAGAACCGAAGAGAGGAUGUCUCCAACAAGCUACCUCACCAUCCUCGAGGACCUAGCGCUGCGCUAUAGACUCAACGUUGCCGUCGGCAAGGGCUUUAGCCAGCUAGAGACUCCGCGGCGAGAUGCGGGAAAUUCAAAAAAAUACAUCGACCUUUGGCCUAUACAAAUGUCGGCCCAGGUUGAGGCGGAUGGCAAAAACGUGGUCACGUCCAACUUCGACACUUACACGCUGAUCCUGCAGCUCGGAUACAUCCUUCAUACCGUUCCUGCCUGGACACGUGUCUUCAAGCUCCGCCUGAUGGUCUUUGUGGAGUACGAGGAUGAGGUUGAAGAGGAACGCCAGCGUGUUGCGGCACUGCUCGAGAAGCUGAGAAUAGAUGCCGAGAUACACGCCUUCUCCUUAGCCUCUGGCGCCUUGACAACCUACGAGGCCAUAGUCCAUGGGAACUACAAGGACUCCUUCAUUGAAAGCACCCUGGACGAGACGCUCAAGGGGGAGUGGUGGGAAGAACUCAAGGCGCAGCGGAUAUCUGGGGGUAGCCAGCCUGCAGGAUUCGAUGGAGGCGAGAGCUCCGAGGUUUCCCGAAGGCACUCUGGUGCAGGCUUCUUCGGGCUCAUGGAUAGCCCCAAGAGACAUAGCGUCUCGUACAUGGUCCGGGUAGGAUUCAGUAUGGGAAUCCACGCCCAAAACCUCCCGCGCAACGCCUUCGAUAUCGGCCCCGUAAAUGGUGGUGAUAGCGACGACAGCGAGGAUUCGGACGACGACUACAUGGAUGCCGAUUUCAACGAUGUGGAGAGCGCAGCGAGUGAGGCGGACCUCUUCGGCUUGACCCCUUCCAGAAGGCCGUUGCUAGACGAUGUUUCGCGAAGAAAAAGCCAUGGAGAUGCGUUGAUGCAAGUGUCGACAUCCAAGAAGAAGCGCCCGCCUGAGAACGAGCCUCUUAUCUCACGGGGACCGCAAAAAGCCUCAUAUGGCGCUGUUCAAGCGUCGUCAUCCGUGGUGGAAAAUCCUCGCCUCAGUCGCCAGGCUCCAAGUUCUCGGAGCGUGCCCGAGAUCGUCUCAGUUGCUCCACCGAGUCCGAUGCGGUCUUCUACCUUGCCUGCUCUACAAACUUCUGAACCGGGCGAGCAAACAUCUAGGAGGCCUCCAUUAUCGAGAACCCAGUCUUCGGCACUGGCGCCACCAACAGCAGCUACUCUAAAUCCCACGAGUCCCGACGAGCCGCGGCCGCUCGUGCGUCCAGCUUUCUCCAGAGCAAACUCGUCGAAUCGCUUCACAAGCUCGCUGGUCCCAGAGACAAGAAUCCUCGAUGAAGGGGGCAUAGCGGGAAGGAGCAUCACGUUCGCCGUACCGGAGAACCAUCCGAGCGGCGCUGAAGCUCUGACGCUUGGCGACGGUGAGGCUUCAGUGAUAGGAGCAGCGAGCGAUGUCCGGAUCGACAUACCGGAGCUGGUAGCGACCGCACAGUCGGGCCAUCGGCGGGUCCUAUCUAGGAGUCAUAGCAACCAGGAAAGCGGCCGAUCGUCUCCGGGCGGAGCACUAGAGCUGUCAUUCAACGACCUCCCUUGCCGUGCGCAGCAUCUCAUCAUCAACGAGCUGAUGCGACAGAACAGCAACGAUACGGUUGUGCUAUUCACCACUUUACCCAUUCCCGAGGAGGGCACAUACGAGAGCGAGGAGGCCAGUGUCGAGUAUCUCUCCGCCGUUGAGAUAUUAUGUCAUGAGCUACCGCCCACUCUAAUGGUUCUGAGCAACAACAUGACGGUUACCGUCAGCCUAUGA